AUGGCUUCUUCUUCUUCUUCGCAUCAGACUCACAUUCCUCUCCCUUCCGACCCCGGUGGUAAACCACUAGAUCGUGAGGUUCCGAUCCAUGUUGUCACAGAGCCUUCUCAACUUCCGGCCGAUUUCCUUAACCCUUCGGCCGGGAAGCAGUUGAUCAUUGGUUUUGACUGUGAGGGUGUUGAUCUUUGUCGUCAUGGAACUCUUUGUAUUAUGCAGCUUGCGUUUCCAGAUGCGAUCUAUUUGGUUGACGCCAUUAAGGGUGGAGAGUCACUUAUCAUAUCGUGUAAGCCUGCACUCGAGUCUAGCUACAUCACAAAAGUUAUUCACGAUUGCAAACGGGACAGCGAGGCAUUAUACUUUCAAUUUGGCAUCAAGUUGCACAAUGUUGUUGAUACCCAGAUUGCUUAUUCUCUGAUAGAGGAGCAAGAAGGACGGACUAGAUUGCCAGAUGACUAUAUAUCUUUUGUUGGUCUCCUUGCAGAUCCACGCUAUUGUGGCAUAUCUUAUCUGGAGAAGGAAGAGGUUCGUGUUCUCCUCCGACAGGAUCCUAUGUUCUGGACAUACAGGCCAUUAUCCGAAAUGAUGAUCCGUGCAGCUGCAGAUGAUGUUCGCUUUCUUCUCUACAUCUAUUAUAAGCUGAUGGAAAAGCUGAACGAAAAAUCGUUAUGGUAUCUUGCAGUUCGUGGAGCGUUGUAUUGUCGAUGUUUCUGCAUUAAUGAGAAUAAUUAUGCUGAUUGGCCCCAUAUCCCUCCUAUUCCAGAUAACCUCGUCAUCGAGGACAAUGGUCCUGAGGAGGAAAUCCUUUCUGUCCUUGAUGUUCCCCCAGGAAAGAUGGGACGUGUUAUUGGAAGACGAGGAGCUUCCAUUUUGUCAAUAAAAGAAUCUUGCAAUGCGGAAAUUUUAAUUGGAGGUGUGAAGGGUCCACCUGACAAGGUAUUCAUAAUAGGACCGGUGAAACAGUGUAAUAAUGGCAAAGUUUCAGAGAAUUUGCCUGCAAGACUUCUGAUGCAUGCCUCCCUAUAUGAUCACAAUAAUGCUAAUUUGCUCAGUGACCUGCUGGUUUCAUACAGUCAUCAGUGUCUAUCUUGCAUCUGUAGGCACUUGAAUAAUUCCAAAAACAUAACUUUUGGUUGCCAAUUUAAGGAUGACAAUUAUCAAGCACUAUCUUGUGAAUAUGCUACGGCAACCUUUGUUUUUGUAAGUUCAAACUGUUAUGUUGGGUUGAUUGUAAAUGCAAAAGGUGAGCAAUAG